AGUAGAAAUAGGAAGCAUUGAAAAUGAGUUCAGAAGGUACCAAGCCCUUGACAUGCUUUAUCCUUGUUAUUAACCUGCUCAUGUAUGCCAUUGUCUUGGCUCUUGCUGCUUGGGCUCUUAAUUAUGGCAUCAAUGAAACCCCUGAAGCAGUGAAAGGACUUUCAGUGCCAGCAAAGAUAUUCCCAAUAUAUUACCCAAUUGGGAAUUUGGCCACUGGUUUUUUUGUAAUUUUGUCACUUUUGGCUGGUCUUGUUGGAAUAGCAUCAUCAUUUUCAGGGCUUUAUGAUGUGUUGGAAUGGAAGCCAUCAAGCUUGUCAUCCGCCGCUGCUUCUUCUCUCACUGCUUGGGCUCUCACUCUCCUUGCAAUGGGGUUGGCAUGUAAGGAAAUCAGCAUUGGUGAUAGGCCUGCAAGCUUGAGGGCAAUGGAGACAUUGAUGAUAAUAUUAAGUGGCACACAACUUCUUUGCAUAGGAACCAUUCAUGCAGGCGUCUCAGCUACAAAGGAUGAAGCCAAGCACUCUGAAGGAUUUUAAUUUUAUAUAUAUAGACAAUAUGUUUUUUAGAACAUCUUCGUUAAAUUAUCCAUCUAACGACUGUUGUUUCAUUAUUAAUUCUAGAGGUGCGGUUAAUGAUGCUAACCCCACCUCCUAGAUUAUAUUUAUAAUAAAACAACAAUCAUCGUUAGAUGAUGAUCUAACGGUUGUUAUGGGACGUCUUUAGAUUUUUAAAUUUAGGGGCGUUCCUAGAUUUCUAGUCAUCUAUAUAUAUUAUCUGUAUAUUUAUGUGUUAUUAUAGAAUGUUGUGUUUGUAUAU